CACUUCGCCCUGUUCCUGAAGUACAUCAUCCAGGUGGCCAUUCCCGACAUUCCCGCCUGGGUGGCCGAGGAGAUGGCCAAGCUGGAAUACCAGCGGCGCGAGGCCUUCAAGAAGCACGAGCGGCAGGCGCAGCACCACUUCCAGCAGCAGCAGCGGCGCAAGCGGGAGGAGGAGGAGCGGCAGCGCCACGCCGAGUACCAGGCGAGGAAGGAGCGCGAAUCCAGCCGGGAUGAGGCCAAGCCCGAGGCCGCCGGGCAGGACCCGGCCCACGAGAAGAGCCAGAGCAAAGGGAAGGGCUCCGGGGGCUCCUCGCACGGCUCCGACAAGCCCAAGCGGCCCAGCUCCCUCCUGGCCACCAACAACGUGAUGAAGCUGAAGCAGAUCAUCCCUCUGCAGGGCAAGUUCCUGUCGGGGGGGGCCGGCGCCGGCGGCACGGCCACCGCCAGGUCCCCGCAGUCGCCCACGGGCAGCGAGAACAAGCUGCCCGGAUUCCUCAGCUUCAAGUUCCUCAAAUCCCCGGAGACUAAGCGGGACGCGGGCACCGAGAAGGUCCAGUCCCCCACCAAGCCAUUCAACCCCGGCAAGCUCUUCAACUUCGGCAAGUCCGAAGGGGCCGCGGGCAACGGCGGCACGGCCGGGGCAUCGCCCCAGCCCCGGCCCGGCCCCUCGGCGGACCCCGAGCGCUCGGUGCCCAGCAAGUCCCACCUCAACGGGGCUGCGGAGGAGGGGGGCCGGGAGGAGCCGGAGAGCCGGGCGGAGGAGGAGAGCGGGGGUUAUAGGCUCUAACCGGGGCUUUCGGGGGGCCGGGAGCGCGGGGGGCCGCCCGCUCGCUCCUCCGGGCAGCCGUGGCCAUCGGCAGCCUCUCGCCCCCCCUGGCCGUCCCCCCGCUCGGGGCCGGGCCGAGCCCACCGGCCGCCAGCCCCUCGCUCUGCCCCGGCCCCCUCUGCUGCGUCCCCUCGUGCCCCCCCGGCCCCUCCGCCGGGACCCGCUGCCACCCCGGAGCCCGCGCCGAGGAUUCCUGAGCGGCGGCGUGGAUGGAGCGUCCCGGCGGCUUUCCACGCCCGCGGGUGGGAGUUAUCCCGGUGU